AUGGAUGGAUUAACUAUAAAACAGCUUCAAAGUAUCUCCAACAGCAUCAAAUUCAUUUGUUCUCAGCAACAAUCAACUUGCAUUGAGAAUUCAUGCAUGGGAGUCCCAAUGAAUCUGAAAUUUAUCCUUCUCUGUGUAACCCUUUUGGGUUCCAACGCCCUGGUCAAUGGUUUCUUUUUCAAGGGUGGCGGCAGUGGUGGUGGAGGUGGUUUUGCCACCAAACUUUGUGCCAUGGGUAAAACGCAAUUCUGUGUAACACCAGCACCACCACCAGCCACGGUGGCUCCCACAGCAACAGGCACCGUUACAACGCCCACAACACCAACGACACCCACAACACCGACCACGUCGACGACACCAACUACCCCCACAACGACUGGCACAGGUACAGGUACCGCGCCAACAACCACUGGAACCACCUCAACUUCAACUGGUGGUGGACCUUCACCGACCACCGGCACAGCGCCACCUACUAGUCCUACUGCUCCUACCUCACCCACCACCGGUGGCGGGACUUCUCCAACAGCUACAUCUCCUCCGGCUACCUCGCCACCAGCCACUUCCCCACCAGCUACCUCACCAACAGGCAGCUCACCACCAGCCACAUCACCAUCAGAUACUUCACCGCCUGCGACCUCACCACCAGCUAGCUCACCACCAGCCACUUCACCUCCUGCCUCUUCACCACCAGCUACUUCUCCACCUGCAACCUCUCCACCUGCAAGCUCACCGCCUGCCACCUCACCUCCUGCAACUGCUGAUCCUGCCACCUCUCCUCCUGCUCCAACAACUCCUCGUUUCCUGGCUCUCGAUGAAGUUGAUGAGAGAUAA